UCAGUCUAAUAUGGAAAGAGAGACCAUGGAUGUCAGCUUGGAGAACUACACCGGUUACCUAUCUGAUGAUUGCUUGCUUUCUAUAUUUAACAGGCUUGAAAGUGAGUUGGACAGGAUUGCUUUUGGUUUAACUUGCAGGAAUUGGCUGAAGGUUCGAAACAUUGGUCGGAAAUCAUUAACAUUCCAUUGUUCUUUUAACCCUAAAAUAGAUAAGGAGCAUGCCAAGUGCAUCCCAAAGUUAUUGGCUCGCUCACCUUGUCUUAGCAGGAUAUCCCUUGCUGGGCUCACAGAGCUACCUGACUCUGCUUUGAAUGCUCUGAAAAUGUCUGGGUCAUCUAUGCGAUCCCUUUCAUUGUAUUGCUGUUCUGGUAUAACAGAUGAUGGUCUAGCACAGGUGGCGGUUGGAUGCCCUAAUUUGGUGGUUGUUGAACUUCAAAGCUGCUUUAAUAUUACAGAUGAUGGUUUGGAAAGUCUUUCAAAGGGCUGCCAUGCUUUGAAGAGUCUAAACCUUGGUUCUUGCACAGGCAUUACAGACCGAGGGGUUUCUGCAAUCUUUAGCAAUUGCUUAAACAUCUGCACACUAAUCAUUACUGGUUGCAGACGUCUGUCUGGUGUUGGAUUCAGAGGUUGUCCAUGUACACUUCAUUAUCUUGAAGCCGAAUCUUGCAUGCUUUCUCCAGAUGGUUUGUUGGACGUAGUUAGUGGUGGUGGACUUGAAUAUCUAAACUUGCACAAGUUAGGAAGCUCAACUGGGCUGGAUGGCCUAGGUGGCCUUGCUUUUGCUAGAAGUCUCCGCAUUCUGAACCUCAGGAUGUGUCGCUACCUCACAGAUGAUUCUGUGAUGACAAUAGCAAGUGGGUGCCCAUUUCUUGAGGAGUGGAACCUUGCUGUCUGCCAUGGGGUCCAUUUACCUGGUUGGUCUGCAAUCAGGUUGUAUUGCAACAAGCUGAGAGUUCUGCAUGUGAACCGCUGCCGAAACAUAUGUGACCAGAGUUUGGUGGCCCUUGGCAAUGGUUGUCCCCACCUUGAAGUUCUGCAUAUAAAUAGCUGUGUCAAGAUUACCAAUAAUGGCCUGGCUUUAUUUACCAUUUCCAGGCCCCAGGUGAACAUAAGGGUGGAUGAAGUUAUGUCCAUUGGUCCUUCCAUUGAGAAUUUGUUCCGGAUGCAAUGAUAAGAGAUUGUAGUUAGAUUUAAGUUUGGGCUUACAAGUUCUAGCCCAUCUCGUUACAGGUGAUUGGUUCUUCAGCAAUUAUGCUGCAGAUUGUGAUUGCUCUGGUGCAUACUUAUUUCUUCGUUGUAAGAUAUCAUAUUGAAGGGUGCUGUGGUCUGAACAAUAUAUAGAUGCAAAUGAGUUGAACUUAUGUAAGGUGUACUUUGGUUAUUAAUGUGUUCUGACUCCGGUUUACUGGUGAAAUAGAUUGCUCGUGUUUCUGUUUU